UGGUUGUAAACAGACUACUUUCCAUGACUACACGGAACGCGUACAUUGACAUUCCUUCUGUCGAACGCUGAUCUAUCUACGGUUUCAUCGUCAUCAGUUUAUGCAUGAAUUGUUUUUUGCUGUUGUGAAGAAAAAACUGUGCCCGCUGCAAUGUCAAAUAGAGUGCACCUCCGCUCGGGCAGCGCUGGUCCUGACAACAGGGCCUUUCGGGAAGCCAUCGCCAACAUGAGACUCGAGGUGCUUGAGGCCAAAGCGGAGACUCAGCGAGUCAGAGACCAGCUCAACUGCCUGAUCAUGCUUGUCAAAAGGGCUUGGAUGGGGGAUCAGGCCGCCGCUGUCCAUGUGGCUAACAUUGUUGGUGCAGCACCACCCAAGUUUCUCAGAGAUGAACAAAACGAGGAAGUCAGUGCGAUAAACAAGAACCGAUCCCUUCACCACUGGGCGAUGCUGUCCAUCGGCCUCCUGAAUCGUCACUACAGACGACUGGAAGCUCAAGCCUUGUCGAGGGCCAAGCAGAGACUCCAAGAACGGCAGGAUUACCUAGACCAACAGCUGACCAAGCACAGGGCGCUCUUGAGAGAAGCCAGCGGCAGAGGACUGGCCGACGUGAAGAAGACUUCUAAUCCAUACCUUGAGCCCCAGAAGCCACACAGCAGCUGGAACUCAAGACCCAAGUCCUCCAAACCCAGCCCCCUGGCCCAGCCAGAGUUUGACUACCCUAAGCAGUUCCGGCCUCCUAAGGAGCCGGUCGUGGCCAGCACCAUGAUGCAGCACCUCGCCAAUAUCGCCAAGAUGGAAAGGGAGAAUCAGCAUGAUUUGUUUAGCGCAAGCCACGUGGUACCAGACCGAAGCAAGGCCAAGCGUCCCAGCAGUGGGAACCAGAAACUCAAAGACAACCAAAGAGCAAGGCCUAAGAGCGCCGUCAUAGCCGCAACCAAAGGGGAGCGGCCUUUGAAAUACGAAACCACACACCCUGUGUCCGGCAAACCCUCCAGCUCCUCAAAACCCAGAGCUAAAUCCGCCAAAGCUGCGUCCGGCCGCAUCUUUGAGAUGACGGAGGGGGAUCCGUCUUCAUCAAAACCAAGCGGAGAGGACCUCUCACUUUUCAAUGAGGACGAGAGGGCCAAUGGGGGCUAUGCCAAAAAUGGCGACCACACCCGGAACAGUGGCCAUGCCUGGAACAGUAGCCACACCCGGUUUGAGGAUACGGUCAGUGAGGGUUUGAGACACAUGGAGAGCAUGGAGGAGGACUUUCGGAAGACCGCCAAGAUGCUGCAGGAGAAGUUGGGAAUCAGCGGCGAUGGAGUGAUAUGAUGAAAGGUAAUGCCACGCCCAGAAAUCGUGAUUGACCACUCCCUUACCGGUGGACCCUCCUAACCUGUCAAUCAAAAAGUAGGCAUUGACCAAUCAGAUCCCAACGUUUAGUCACAUGACCACGAUAUCUUGGUCAAACGGGGUCACAAGCACUUCAAGAAAAUGAACACAAAAUUAAUACUUGGGCUGGCUUACAGCCAAAUCCAGGACGGUCCAUGUACAUUUGCUUCCAAGAAAUCUGCCUUUGGUGUGAGAUGAUCCAUGAUUCAGAACGGCUACCAUGCGCUGCGACGAAAGGCAUGCACUGGCAGGUUGAAGGGAGUAGUGCCCUACACUUUAUAAGUGUCUUCUGAAAUUUGUCCUCUUCUAUAUUUUUUCCUUUCUAUCUUGUACAUAGUACAUUACCAUAUUAUGAGCCAUAGUGAAUCAGGGGCGGACCCACUUUGGUUAUGGGGGGGGGGGCCAAAACGAGCUGUCAAGGAACAGGUGAGCAGGCAUGUGCUACGUUUUUCUGCAAGAUCUUCCCAUUUUUCACGACCCAAGCGGGGUUUCAGGAUACAUGUAUAUUUCUUCAGCACCACAGGCCAACAGUUUCAAGUUUGUUGUCCUCGAUUGUAGGCCUAGUGGCCUACUACACACUCGUUGGUUUUUUUUGGUCAGUAAGUUUGUGAUAUGUCUACAAAGCAAAAGUAUGAACUCUUUACCACUAUGAAACAGAACCAGUGGCGUAAAUCUGUUUCGACGACUGGGGAGGAGGGAUGACACCCCUAAAAUCCUGAAACUUGUCCAGACGUUGCAAAUCUGGGUCAGGGUGAGGGACUUUCGCCACUAGGUGGCGCUGUUCAUAAAGCUGCAUAAAGAUCAAUCUAUGACAUGAGUGGUACUGUUUUAUGAGUGCUCUACCUCAAUUUGGUACAUUUUUUUUAAAUAGUUCACGUUUUACUUUUGAUUUUUUUAAAUUUGCUACAAAGAAUUUUUUAAUGUUCACCACAAAAAUCCUGAGUGUGUGGUCCAAUGGUCCACCCGCACCCUCAAAAAGUGGGUGAAUAUAUCCGCCCCCCCCCCCCCCAUACCCCCUAGGAUUUUCGCCCUUGAACAGAACAGGUACAGAGAGGAGCCCUACAAAUCAGGCAAAAGAUAACUUUCGUAUUAACUUUUCUAAAACAGAGUCUCUGAAAUAUUCACUGAGAGCACAGUGGUGUGAUUUCAACUGAUCCAACAAUAUUGGCUGCAAUGAAUAUCGAGUACAAUUUAUUUGUCUGUAUUUUUCAUGAUUUUAGGAUUUUGAAAAAUUAAGUUGGAAUUUAAAAGGACACUAGGUCCUGAAAUCCCCGAAAACUUUAU